CCUUAAAGGUUGGUUUUACUUUAGGUUCUUCGUCUUUGAGUGUGUUUCAGGAUUUAACAGAUGAAACCGGCCUCGGAGUCGAAAGAUUGGCGAAAAGUAUCGAAAACUGGGAGAAGAGGUGAAAAAGAGCCAGUUCACGGCUAACUGAAGGAGUUCACGGUCAUGCAAGACCAUGAAGAAGGGGAGUUGACCGUGAAUCGCGAGACGUCCUAAGCCAAUGUGAAGGUUACUGACGCAAGGUGAGUUCACGGUCACUAAGACCGUGAACACAGGCAGUUGACCGUGAAUAGACGUGAGCGAUGCGGCGCGUUUUGGCGCACGCCUUGAGUUCACAGACACGUUUGAUGGUUAACGGCCGUGAACUCAGCUCAUCUCGGGUUUAAAAGAUGAGCUGAAAGGAGGAGAGAGGGGAGAGCCCACUUUUGUGUGAAACACCUUCUUCGGCAUUCUAGUGAGAGAAACAGAACCAAAGGGAAGAAGAAGGUUAGGGUUUGGCUUCAAGGCAGAUUUUGGGAAGAUUUCCCCCAAGGAAAGCUCAACUCAAGGGUCAAGAAGAGAGGGAGCAUCCUCAAAGAUGGAUUCCACCUUUUUCCCUUUUGUAAUUUUGUUCUUCCCACUUCUAGCAUGGAGUAGAUCUCCUUUCACUUGGGUGUAGUGAAACCCUAACUCGACCAUGUAGUUUUCUUGCAUGUGUUUUGGAUGAUUGUCAUUAAGUAUUGUUCAAUUCAAUGAUUGAAGCAUUAUUCACCGUGAUUGUGCAUGCUUAUGCUUAGCAACUUAGGGGUUGUGCAUGUUUUGUGCUGAGCAUCCUUAGGUUUUUGCAUUUAGGUGCUUAGCAAACUAAGGAUUGUGCAUAAUUGUGCUUAGAACCCCCUAGGUUUGUGAAUUUAGGUGCUAGUAAUAUAAUCUGCCACCUUAACCUAGUUUAGGGAGGAAAAUCCCCCUUUCAAGGGAGACUCAAUCGAGUUGGUUUUCCUUCCGCUUUCUAAGCCACCUAAACUAGGUUAAGUUAGGGCGACCCUCAAUAUUGAGUUAAGCAAGUCGAUUAAUCGUGACUAAACCGUCCGACCUUAGAGUUGAGUGAGGGAGUAAGUCAAAUUACCGAUUGUCUAAACCGAGAGGGUUGAGUGACACGUCCUUUCAUCCUUACCUCGGUUUAGCAAUUAAGAUGUGGUAUGCAUCCCUCUGCGGUUUGUGAUUAUCGUGUCCAAUAUUGCACUAGAUUAGAGUUUAAAAACUUGGGCUCUAAUUGGGGUUUUAUUGUGGUGUAGUUUCGUGUGAGUCAAGUUUUUGGCGCCGUUGCCGGGGACGACGGUCUGUUAUUCUGGGGGGGAAAUUUGGUUGUUAAUCUAGCUUUUAAUUUCCAGUUUUGCAAGUGUGUGUUUUUUGCUUGUGCUAGACUUGGUAUUUUCCGAUUGUGUGUAGGUGGUGCAUGACCCGGAGCAACCCGGCACCCUUGCUACCACUUGACGAGGACAUAAACCGAACUCUCUGACUCCUAGAAAGGGAGAGAGAGCUAGCCGAGGCAAGGAGAAGGAGUGAAAGAGGGGGACAACAAUUGAGUCGCGGUGUUAGUGGAGAAGGAGUUGAAGAAGUCGAAGUUGAACUCGUCGUUGAAGAGGUAUUGGCGGGGAACCAAAGACAAGAGGGAGGCGCUCAAGCCCGCCAUAUGAAUAAGGCGGCGGGGGAAGAAGGAGCCCCGAGGAUGAUGGGGUACUAUAUGGCCCCAAGGCCGGCGGACAUUCAAUCGUCGAUCCUACAUCCUCCGGUGGCGGCAAACAAUUUCGAGAUCAAGCCUGCUCUAGUUACUAUGAUACAAAGUAAUGCUCUAUUCCACGGCCAUGAAAGCGAGUCACCGAGAGAGCACGUGCAUAGAAUCUUGGAGCUCGCGGGGAGCUUGAAAAUUAAUGGUGUGUUGGCUGAAACUUUGCAACUAAGGGUUUUCCCAUACUCACUCUCGGGGAAGGCACUUAGGUGGCUAAAUAACCGCCCACCUCGGUCUAUCACCUCAUGGGACGAACUCCUCAAUAAGUUUAUGGCUCGUUAUUGCCCGCCUUCGAAGACGGCAGAGUGGAGAAAGAAGAUUACACAUUUCGAGCAAGAAGAGGACAAGAGCUUGAGGGAUGCUUGGGAGAGGUACUCCGAUUACUUUCUUCAGUACCCUCACCACGGGUUUGAAAAACAGUUUCGGAUUGAAACCUUCUACGGAGGUCUAAUGCAAGAAGAUAAGUGUAACAUUCCAUUUCGGCUAAAUCCAUAUUUCGAUCGCUAGAAAGUUGGCGAUUUAAAAUCCAGCGUUUUGAUAGUAUUUCGGAAAAAAUCGGAUAAUCAAUCGAUCAGAUAAGU